CCAAGUGAUAAUAAACCUCCCAUUGCACAGCAAUGCCAUUUACCUGCCCAAGGGUUAUCCCCACCCGGCAAACACCCCACCAGUGUUUACGUGCGGGCGGCUGUAGGUAUAUAAGCCAAGUACCUUUUUCGUGCUUUCAUUAUGUCCGAGCUUUUCGAACUGUGAGGUUGGACGAUUUUUACAAUGGGCGGAUCUUCUGGAAGCGACUUCGCCACCGCUGGCCCUUCGAAGAAGCGGUCCUUCGACUGCGUCUCUCCCGCUGAGACGCAAGAGGAGAGGCCGCCGAAACGAAGACCGGGGAUCGACCCCCAAUCCAUCCAUCCUCAACCUCCUUCUCGUUCUCCUUCGCCUAUAAUUCCGCCUUUCAUUUUUCCCUAUUUCAUCCCCAAUCCUGUUGCCCACAUUCCUAUCCCCCAUAUCCCCACACCUGCCCACCUCGAUCCCCCGCGAAGAUUUCGUCCAAGGGUGCCAGCCCACUCGAGGGCUGUGAAGACCCUGCUGCCGCUCUUCAUGGCUCAGGCGCCGUCAUCUCAGAAGACUGUGCCGCCAGGGACGGAGCUGCCGCCUCUCCCCGACAUGGACGACGGCGUCAAGCCACUGUCCGAGUACCAGGCUUUCUGCGUGUGGAGGGCCCAGUGGGAGAGGCAAUACUACCAGGAACGGAGGCUGACCCAUCGAACCCUCGAUGCGGCUCUCUUCCUGGAUAGUUAUUGCCUCAGCUUGGACGGUGGCUUUAGGUUAGUGUAGGUUAGGUUAUGUUAGGUUUAUAUGUAUAUAUAGUUAUAAGUUAGGUUAGUUUAGUUAUAUGUGUAUAUAUAGUUAUUGGUUAGGUUAGGUUAGUUUAGUUUUAUGUGUAUUAUUAGUUAUA